AUGGAGUCUGAAACUAUGGAGAACACUCAAACGUUAAUGCCUCAACAAAUGGUAGUAGACACCAUUGAUCCUACAGGAUUUGAUCUUACAAUAAGUGCUUUGUUAGUGGGUUUAGAUGCAGAGAAAUAUUUACCUAUAUUCAGGAAACACAAUAUUGGUCAGUGCACUCUAAUGGAAUUGAAUGAUGAAGACUUGAUAAAACUAGGUGUUGAGGACAAAUAUAUUAGAAAUAAACUGCUUGAUGAAGUAAAACAUUUGCCUAUUUAUCAAGAAACCAUACUAAAAAUGCCAAGAAAUAGUUCCAACCUGGGUCCUAUGGAAAUAAUAGAUAUCUUAGAAGAAAGCUCUCAGCAUCUAUAUAGAAUAUAUCUCAGUAUGAUGGCCAAUUCAAUAGCACUUAAAAAGUCCAAAAAAGUUAUUGACUGUUUGCUACAUGAGGAUAAAUACGCUUCGGACAUCUGCCUUAGCAGUCUUAGCCACAUGACAAACAUUUUAAAUUCUAUGGAUAUUUCAUUACAUACAAAGUUUAAGGUAUUGUCCUCUAACUCAAAUCGCAACAGAAAUAAAAAGAUAAUUGUUGGGACAGUUGGAAGUGCAGUAAUAGUCUUACUAUCUGUGUUAUUUGUGCGUUCCCUAAAGCAACUCUAA